CUCCUUCGCGUUUCAUCAAUUUCCCUCCCUCUUGUAGCGCUUCAGAUUUCUUUUGUGUAGCGACAACAAUGUCUGGGCUGCUGGAAAGUAUUCCAGACGCAGUGGCUCUGAGAUGCCUUGCUCAUGUGCCUUUACACCUUCAUCCCAAUUUAGAACUCGUGUCUCGCUCCUGGCGAGCAGCUAUCCGCAGUGAUGAGCUCUUCAGAGUCCGUCAAGAGGUCCGAUCAACAGAGGAUCUUCUCUGCGUCUGUGCUUUCGAUCCCGAGAACAUCUGGCAAGUCUACAGUCCCAACUGCGAUCGCUGGCUCACUCUCCCUCUCCUUCCUUCCAGAAUCCGCCACCUUGCCCAUUUUGGGGCCGUCACUACCGCCGGGAAGCUCUUUGUCUUAGGCGGAGGCAGCGAUGCUGUCAAUCCCUUAACCGGGGAUCACGACGGUACCUUUGCAACCGAUGAGGUCUGGUCUUACGACUUUGUACAGAGACGAUGGACUCCUCUCGCACCAAUGCUCUUGCCUCGUGCUAUGUUUGCCUGUUGCGUUCUUGAAGGGAAGAUUGUUGUUGCGGGUGGGUUCACGACUUGCAGGAAAUCUAUAUCUGGAGCGGAGAUGUAUGAUCCUGAGAAUGACGUCUGGACAUCCAUCCCAGAUCUCCACCGGACACAUAACUCUGCCUGCUCGGGUCUAGUGGUAAACGGGAAAGUUCACGUCUUGCACAAAGGCUUAUCGACAGUGCAGGUUCUUGAGAGCGUUAAACUCGGAUGGGCUGUGAAAGACUAUGGCUGGCCGCAAGGUCCAAUGGCGGUUGUUGAGGACGUGCUUUACGUGAUGAGCCAUGGGCUGGUGUUCAAGCAAGAAGGUGACACGUGGAAGAUGGUUGCAUCGGCCUCAGAGUUUAAGCGGAGGAUUGGAAUGGCAAUGACGAGUUUGAGCGAAGAGGUUUUGAUCGUAGGAGGAGUGAUUGGACCUGAUAGGCUUAAUUGGGACAUCAAACCGUUGUCAGACGUUGACGUUUUGACAGUUGGGAAUGAUCGUCCGGCGUGGCGGAGGGUGGCCCCGAUGACAAGGUGUCGGGGGACGAUCCUUGGUUGCACGCAGUUGACAAUCUGAUGGGAAUGUGGCUUCAAGAUGACGUCUUUCUGUCUUUUUUUUCGUUUUGUUUUGUAUGUCUUUAAUGUUCUUCCUGUUUGUUAAAUGUUUUGAUUAUCUUAUUGUUUCUAAAUCUUUUUGAGAAAAUAAAAUAAACGAAUGGCA